UGAUUUUUAUAUACAAUUUUUGAUGGCUUCUGUGAAGAAGAGCUCUGGAAGUCAGUCCUCACCAGGGGCAGCGCUGGAGGUGGUGGAAGCUACCCAGAAGGAUGUGGGGGAGCUAACAAAGAGCUUCUUCAAGCUAAAUCCCUACGCCAAGGAGUUUGUGCCAGCCUCACAUGUUGAUGCACCAGAGUCUGUGGGCGCUUCUGAAAUUCCGUUGAAUCUUUGUGGUGAUUCCAACCGAUCUAACGCUAGUUUGAAUCAGAAUGAAGGAGAUAUUAGAAGCAUCAGUUCAUUUGGAGAUCAGCAAGAUAGCAGAAGGAGGGGCAGACAGCAUUUCGAGAGAUGGACAAGCAAUGACCAGAUUUCGCCAGCUGCAAUUGAAGAUUGCAUUCACCGGACCAUUUAUGUUUGGAAUAUUGAGCAACAUGUAACUGAGGAAGAACUUGCUGGGCUAUUUAGUUGUUGCGGACAAAUAAAUGAUUGCCGUAUUUCUGGAGAACCCAGCUCAGCUUGUCACUUUGCUUUUCUUGAAUUCGGUUCUGAGAUUUCCGCAAGAGCGGCACUUAGUCUUUGUGGGACUCCACUGCACAAUAUUCCCAUCUGCAUUGCACCCUCAAAAUCUAAUAUAUUUCCUAUUAACCCUUCGUAUCUUCCUCGGAGCACACAUGAGAAGGACAUAGCUAGAAGGACCGUUUAUUGCAAUAACAUUGAUAAGAUGGUCAAUGAAAAUGAGAUAAGACAUUUCUUCGAAUCAAACUGUGGCCCGAUUUCUCGGUUGAAGCUUCUUGGGGAUAGAUGUCACCAGACUCGUAUAGCCUUUAUUGAAUUUGUUCGGGAUGAUAGCGCUAUCGCUGCUCUGCGGUAUACUGGCUUCUAUCUUGGAGGUUUUCCAAUCAGGGUUAUUGCCUCCAAAACACCUGUGAGAAUGAACACCAGCUUAUCAUGGCACCGCUGAUUCAUGAAAAGUUCUCCAUUCAUGAUGCCAAGCUUGUGUGUAGUUUCAGAAUUCAAGCCAUGUUUUUACCCUGAAAACUUUGAUUGUUUUUAGUUCAAUGCUAUCAGAUUGAGAAUAUUUGAAGAGUUGCCUUUAAUCAUUCUUGUUAUUAAAUCUAUGAAAUUCUUGACAGUAAAACAGUGGCUAUUAUUACUGAAUCUGCAAUAUAUUUCUGAAAUUGUUUU